AUGGUCUCUAUCUCUCAAAUCCUUAACAACGGGUUGCUUCUUACGUCCCAGGCGGUCUUCCAGGACGUGGCAACCCCCAACCAGGCUGCUACAGAGCAGUACAACUUGAUCAAACAGUUGAACGGCGCUGGGCCAUAUAUCCAGCACCCUGGCUACGGAAUCUCUCCAGAUGUGCCUGACCAGUGUACUGUGGAACAAGUCCAUAUGAUCUCCAGACACGGCGAACGGUACCCAUCCAAAUCAGUUGGAAAACGGUUUGAGGGUAUCUAUGAAAAGAUCAAAAACUAUAACCAGACGUUUGUGGGCGAAUUGGCCUUCCUCAAUGACUAUGAGUACUUUGUCACUGAUGAGAACAACUAUGAUGAACUCACCACUCCGUUUAAUGCCCAGGGGCCUUAUAUCGGUUCAAACAACGCUUUAAACCAUGGCGCUGCGUUUAGAGGCCGCUACAACGAGCUUUUCGAAAGUCUGGAUGCUCCUUUGACGCUUUUCACUACUGACUCCAGAAGGUGCUUUGCUACGGCCAGGUACUUUGCCCAGGGACUUUUUGGCGAUGGCUACGGCAACGAUACGGCCAGAUUUGCUGUUCUCCAGAAAGAAAGACCUCUUGGAGCCAACACUUUAACGCCUAGCUUGGGUUGCAGAGCUUUUAACUAUACUGAUCUGGUCAACGAGCACCAACGGUAUAGCACGAGGUUUAUCUACCAAACUCUUGACAGAGUACUCAAGGGAAACGAAGACUUCAACUUGACCAUCAACGAAUUGCACAAUUUCAUUUCCUGGUGUGCCUACGAGAUCAACGUCAAGGGUUCUUCGCCCUUCUGUAAUGUGUUCAACACAGAAGAGUUUGUCAAGCUCAGCUACAACCAGAACCUCUUUUUCUACUAUUCCAUGGGUCCAGGCUACUACAUGACCAAAGCCAUAGGCGCUCCGUUUUUAAAGGCCACGCUUAAGUACUUGAAGGAAGAUAAUCCUCCCCAGAAGGUAGCUUUAUCGUUUACUCACGAUAACAACAUUGAACAUUACCUUUCUGCGCUUGGAAUAACUGAAGAGGAGUUGGAUCCACUUCCAAUUGACUACGUCCCGUUCCCGCUUCCAUACUCCAAGUCCAGGUUGCUCCCUAUGGGCGCUAGGUUGUAUACUGAAAAGUUAAAGUGUGGAGAGGACAGUUUUGUGAGGUUUAUUUUGAAUGACGCUGUGUUUCCACUUAAGGCGUGCCAGGACGGCCCAGGCUUUUCGUGUAAGCUUUCGACGUUUGAAAAGUACGUGGAGAAGAGAUUGGAAGGGGUGGAUUACGCCCAGCAGUGUGAGUCUGGAGAUAGACCAGAUGAGGUGAGUUUCUUGUGGGAUUUUGAGACUGAGGAUUACUAUAGUCACCAGGUGACGAAGAAUUAG